GGAGAGCCACCUACUGUACGGUAACCCAACUCUUCGAAAGCUCGCUGUAAAGAAACCAAGAGUUCAGCGUUACUCGAUCAAUUCUGACUGAAAAUUUUGAAAGUAAGCGGUUUGUGUCAAAAAAAGUGACAAAAUGCACGAAAAGCUUCAAACGUUUCUGGUAAAUAUUACCAUAAUUGAAGGACGCCACUACUUCUGGCCCAACAUGAAUUCAGUGGUUGUUACUAAAAUCGACAACCAGAAAAAAUGCACUGCAGUCAAAUACAACACAGACUCUCCCUAUUACAAUGAGUUUUUUGUAUUCGAAUUUCUCACAACUCUCGACAAGAUGCUUGAUAAAAGAGUUACCAUCAAAGUUAUCAAACCUGGAAGUGUGAUUCGCAAACGCAAAAUCCUCGGUUUUACGUCUUUCGAUGUUGGUACCAUCUGGUUCCAGAAAGACCACCAGUUGUACCACAAAUGGGCGAUUCUCGCAGCCCCGAGCAAAGACUAUGCUGGUGGUACCAGAGGGUACCUCAAACUAGACGUCAGUGUUUUGUCUAAAGGUGAAAUGCCCAAAAUUCCCCCAACUGUGGAUACCAACGAAAUUGAAGGAAACCUUUUCCUACCAAGCGGAGUUACCACAGAAAGGCAACGAGUGAUUUUCAUUUUUGACGUUUAUAAAGGUGUUGAUUUGGUCAAAAAGAACCCAAUUCAGGAGUUAAAACGGGCGGAAAACGCACCAAGUACUACCAUCGAAAUUUGUUUUUCUGGUGUUAGUGUUAAAACUAGUACCAAAAAGGGUUCAAUUGCUCCAAAUUGGAACGAACGUUUGGUACUACCUGAACUGUUCCCUCCUCUUUGCCAACGGUUUCGAAUCCAGUUGUACCAUGAUGGUACCAUACGAUCCACUUGCUACCUAAACCUUAAAAGCAUCUCAAAUGAUAAGGAAGAGGGUUUUUUGCCCAAUUUUGGGCCCGCUUUUCUUCAUUUCUACUCCCCCAAUCACUUGGAGGGUUACUUGGGCAAGGUACUUCUAGCACUUCAGACCUCCCUAUUGGGCGAAAUAGCAGAAUACGAAGUCAAACAUAGCACAAUUUACCCCGAAGCUCCUCUUCUAAAAGAAGAAACGUUCCUCAAAUAUGAAAAUUUCGUCUUGCACGCUACAAUUUUUGAGGCCACGAUGAUUAAUAAGAAAUUUUUGGAUAAAGCGAUCUCGUUUCGGAUUUCUUGUGGUCCUCUUCAGAGCGAGGCUAGUGGUGAUAAAGUCGCUGCGAUGGUCACACCACCAAUGAAACCAAAAGUAAUGAACAAAAACUACUGCUACUUGCCCAUAACUGGGAAGAAAGCUUGCAUUUUUGUGACUUUGUCGUUGCCUGAUGUUAGGAAACGAAUGUUUAAUUAUAAUUUUUUGUGCAAAAUAUUGAAAGAUUUGAAGUCAAGGUUAGACAAAAUCGAGUAUAUUGUCCAAAACAAAGACUAUGACAUUGCAAGUGCUCAGACUGAAGCUCUCCUGUUAGAGACAGCCGAUUUCAUUUCUUUUGCCUCUGGAAAAUAUCUCGAUAUAGUAUCGAGUUAUAGUCUCACUGAGGAGACUUUUCUCGACCAAAGGCGGAUCAAAAUGUGCCUGAAAGAGAUGGAAUCGGUGAAUGUGGUGGCAAAGUCGGUGUCAGGCGAGCAAAACAAGAAGAAAAUCUUCCAGAAGGUUGAAAAAAUCUAUACCAAAAUCGAAAGUUUGGUCGAUGAUUUGGAAGAUUGGCCUUUGAUUUAUUUAUGGAUGAUCUAUGGUGCCAAAAGAGUGGCAUAUUUGUUCCUCCAACCUCGAGACUUUCUUCACUCCACAAUUGACGAAGAGAAAGGAACUCAUUGUGGGAAAUUACGCCCGUUUUAUUUCCAAGCAGAAGACUCUCAAGAACUUCCCGAAAUCAUAACAAGUGUUUGCAAAAUGGACGCCAUCAUCUGGAUCGGUUUACCACGACAUUUGACCACUUACCAACCUCAAGGUUUUACAUUUUCACACGAAACCAUCCCCCGUUCGUUGAAAACCCAAGAAAUGUACCAUUUUGAGGCCCGGGUUCAUAUCUUCCAAGGGAGGUUUACCCCAGGGUCGGACAAAAGUGGUCUUUCUGACCCUUUUGUUCACGUUAUUAUCUCGUCCCAGUUUAAGGAAACUCAAGUUUUGCAAAAAACCUUAAACCCGGUUUGGGACCAAACCCUCGUUUUUAGAAAUGUAGAAUUGUAUGGAAAUCGUGAUUUUAUCACUGCUAAUCCACCAAGUGUCUUUAUCGAAAUUUUUGACAAGGAUGAGUGUCAACAAAUCGAAGUUAUUGGCAAAUGUGUUCUUAGACCAAUUAUCAAAACGCUUAAGGGGGAACAAGGAUCAGGUCCUCUUAGACUCACUUGGUAUCGCGUCCAUAAUGUGUUUGAUGUGAGUGCCGAAAUUUUGGCAGCCGCUGAACUCCUUGAAGUUACGGCAAAAACUGCAGAAACACGUCGUGACCAAAUCGUCAAAAUACCACCAGAAAUCAAGCCACACUUGAUCAGCCAUCGAAUCGAAGUGGUUUUUUGGGGAGUCAGGGACUUGAAAAAGGUCCAAAUGGCCCAAAUCACCAAACCUAAGGUUGUGGUCGAACUUGGCACCAAUUUGGUGUCUUCCGACACUCUAGCAAAUGCCAAAAAACACCUAAACUUCACAAACCCGAUCAAGUCAAUUGAAGCAAGUUUUGCAGAAGAGGAGGAAUACGCCCCCACUUUGUCUUUAAAAAUGUACGAUAGUCGAAAUUUUGGUAUUAGUGUGUUUGCUGGCACGCACAUCAUGCCAAUGCAAAUGUUCUUCUACCAACCCCAAACCACCGACGAACGGCAUUUAAAGUUGAUGACUGUGCGAAGAAAUUCGCUUGAUUUUAACGAAUCCAUCGAGUCACUGAUACAAAAAUUGGAUGCUCAGUCCGGAACCAAAAUCCAUUUUGAGAAAAAACUAACGUCAGAAAGCAAGUGGCGGAAGUUUUUCGACUGUUUGACUUGCAGAAGGCGCAAAAAACCACCACCACCCAAACCACUAGAGUUGGAACAACCGGAGCUUGAAGAUAGUAGCGAUUUUGACUGGUGGACAAAAUUUUACGCCUCCUUGGAGGAAACUCCUCUUACAGGGAAAAUACCACUGAGUCACAAGUACAAGUUGAAAGUCUACUCUCACGAGCUUGAGCAACAGCCGGAAUUUGAGGGUUUUUGUGACACUUUACGCUCCUUUGAAAUGUACAAAGGGAAGAGAACUGGGGACGAAGCCGUCGAUGAAGCCAACACGACUGGGGUUUUUAAGGGCGCUUUGAGAAUCUAUCAGUGGCCUUUAAACGGCGACGAUUUUGUCACACCGACUGGUUUACCUCUACAAGGUGGAAUUUUCCAAGACUUUCCCACAAAUACCCCAAUAAAUUUCGUUUUGAGGGUUUAUUGCGUCCGAGGGUUGAAUUUAAGACCAAAGGACAUCUCUGGCAAGUCUGACCCUUACCUCCACCUAACUCUCAACCAAAGUGUGAUCAACGACAAGCAAAACUGCAUUAAACGACAAAUUAACCCGAUUUUUGGCCGUUGUUUUGAGUUUAAUGGGAUUUUUCCACAAGACCACACUUUGGUAAUUGCAGUUAAGGACUGGGACGCUGUUAGUGCCGACGAUCUGAUCGGGCAAACGAAAAUCGACUUGGAAAAUCGUUUCUAUAGCAAACACCGUGGUCAUUGUGGCUUAGCUGCAGACUACUUGACUGUAGGUUAUUGUCAAUGGAGAGACCAGCAAAAACCAAGCACAAUUCUGGCAAAUCUGUGCAAGAAAUACAAUAUCCCCGACUUGGAGUACAAGGAGAAGUCGAUAAUUGUAGGACCACAGGAAUUUUUCUUGGAUAAUCCUUCAGAGAAUGUGGAUUUGAGACACCAAGCCUUGGCAUUGUUGGCUUUGAAGCGCUGGGCUGAAGUACCAUUGGUUGGGUGCGUCCUAGUACCGGAACAUGUUGAGACUAGGUCGUUGUUUCACCCCCAAAGGCCUGGAGUUGAACAGGGAAAAUUACAAUUGUGGCUUGAUAUUUUACCAGUAACCGAUUUUCCAACUCCUCGGCAAGUUACCAUAACUCCAAGAAAACCGGUUUCGUACGAAUUGAGGGUCAUUGUGUGGAACGCCGAAGGGAUUAUUUUAGAAGAGAAAGAUAUCUUAACAGGGGAGAAGAAAGCCGAUGUUUAUGUUAAAGGGUGGCUUACUGGUCCAAACACAGCCCAGUACACAGAUGUCCACUAUAGAAUCUUAUCAGGGGAAGCUAUGUUCAAUUGGAGGUUCAUUUUCCCAUUUCAGUAUCUUUCAACUGAGAACAAAAUCGUUCAAAAACAUAAAACUGUGUUUGAAGAAAUUGAAGAGAAAAUCCCCUGUAAACUAACGAUCCAGGCGUGGGAAAACGACGCUUUCUCCCCUGAUGAUUUCCUAGGUGUUGUCACUUUGGAACUAUCAAGGCUUCAUCGAGGCGCAAGUCUAUUCCGAAAUUGCUCACCAGCUCUAACCAAACCUAACGCUCCAGUCCUAAACCUGUUCAAAAUUCGCAGAACUAGGGGUUGGUGGCCGUUGAAAAACGUCGAUACUCGCACCCGGAAGGAAGUAUUUGCAGGUGGUGUUGAGCUAGAGUUUGAAUUGUUGACAAAGGAGGAAGCUGAAAGGAAUCCAGCUGGACUUGGAAGGCGUGAACCACAAGGACUACCAAAACCAAAUCGACCUGAUACUUCGUUUUCCUGGUUUUGGAACCCAUGGAGGGCGAUUAAGUAUACGCUUAAAUUUUACAAGAAGAAAAUUAUCAAGUUUAUUAUUAUUGUGAUUGUGGUUGCUGUUACUGUGUACCUGUUGUAUCGCUUUGGCGAGUUUGGGUGGGAAAAGCUAAUGGUGCAGUUAAAAAAGUAUUUAAAAAUAGAAAGUGAUUAAUAAACGAGUUA